AUGUCUAGCCAUGGAUCAAGGGCUUCAAGCAGAAUCACAGAUGAUGACCUCAAUGCUCUCAUCUUAAAACUACAAACAUUGCUGCCACAGCUGCAUCAAGGCCGCAAUGCCAGGGUAUCCGCAACAAAGGUUUUGAACGAAACAUGCAGUUAUAUCAGAAGACUACAGAAAGAGGUAGAUGAUUUGAGUGAAAGACUAUCUCAACGUCCAGGUUCCAUGGAUAUAACUAGUUUUGAUGCAGAGAUUCUUAGAAAUUUGCUGCAGCAGUAAAGGCCCAAGUACUACUUCCAGUUCUCUUUCUCAUCAGUUUGUCUGAAAUAGUUCCAACAACAGACAAAAAUAUGUGUUUUUGCCCCUGUGCAACUGUCAUGUUUCAUUGUUCCUUAAUUAUAUCCAAGUUUGACUGGGAUUCCCAGAGCAUGCAGUUAAGAAUAUAAACUAUGUAUAUCAAACGUAAGUGUUUCCAUGCUUCACAUUCUUCAUUGUUUGUUCUUAAUAAACUCAAAAAAAAAAAGAAAAUUUAUGGUCUUGGGGCCCCAUUUUACUUGAAAACAUUAGCUGCCGAAACC